UGCGCAAAAGUUUCAUCGUGCGUAAAACGCGAAAAAAGUAAAAAUACAAUCACAGAUGAAGACAUUUGGUGGAUAUACGCAACAAUCACCAAACAAAAGUGCAAUGGACUUCACAAGUUUUCCUAUAGAAUUCGGUCCCUGUGGCCCCUGAACUCCCAAGAGCAAAUAAAUAAAAAUUGAGCAAGGAUUUUCUGGACAGCUGAUGGCCACGUGGUCCGCAUGGGCCAGCAGUGCAGAUUGCGCAGCAUGCACAGCGUUCUGGCACGCGCUGGUCAUUUGCAUUUGUAUGGAGAUCCGUGAUAAUAGAGGGCUUCUGUGCGCACAAUGAGGCGGUUUUAUGGCCAGCCUCUAGUCCACAGAUGGCAUCAUCCACCUGCCCUUUCUCUCUGGUGCUCACGGAGAGCGAGUAGGGGGGGAGGGGCGCAUUACACUUCCUCCAUAUUUCGGCUGAAAUAAUAACAUCAAAAAUCUAAAUUAAUAAUAUUUGUUGGGUUAAACGGAGUUCUUAUUUCGUGUUUUUAAAAGUCUGCAAGGUGGCUUAUGGGCUCAAAACUGGCCAAUCAGUACUUUAGCUUUCAGAAAGGACAAUAUGAAGCUUCUCCACAUGCAUGAGUGCUAAAAUGCAUGUAAAAGUGCAGCUGAUCUCCAAUGUGCAUCUCUGCAGUUAGACUCAAAUGACGUGUUUUUUCUCCAGUUUGCACAAAAGUGCUGCAGUGAGUGAUCAGAAUCAGAAUUCCUUUAUUUAUCCUGAUUCUGAUCAAACUUUUUCUUUCAAUGAUAUUCUUUCAAAGCUAUUUUUAGUUUCAGGCCAGUUUGCUGCGCUUUGGAGGGGGGGGGGGGGGGACUAGAUGACCCCCAUCAAUCUGCCACGAGCCGGAGUGUGACAAUGGCAUUAUCAUACCAAUACACCAUUCAGCUUUAGCCAAUCAGGACGCAGCGCUUUCACUGCGCCGCACGAGCUGGAGACUAUAAAAGAGGGAGUCUGCAGGUUUGAAAGCACUCUGCUCCCUUUCGGAUUUACUCUCUGACCAAACUUUUUAAAGCUCUCUCCUUUGUGGAAUAUCCUCAUCAUCUUCAUCAUGACUCUCGAGGAAGUUUUGAUCCAGAAACCCACCGAACGUGCUCAGUGUACCGGCAAGGCCCUGGAGGAGGUCCUGGUGUCUGCUAAAGACAACGACUCCAUCACCGUCGGUGUCUACGAAUGCGCAAAAGUUAUGAAUCUUGAUCCGGACAGCGUGUCUUUCUGCGUCCUGGCCAUGGAUGAGGAGUUCGAGUGUGACAUCGCUCUGCAGAUCCACUUCACCCUCAUCCAGUCCUUCUGCUUCGACAACGACAUCAGCAUCGUCAGAGUGAGCGACAUGCAGCGUCUGGCUGAGAUUGUCGGCGACAAAGCAGAGCAGCUUGAAGAUGCCCACUGCGUCCUCAUCACGAACCCAGCUGAGGGGUCUUGGGAGGACCCUGCUCUGGAGAAGCUGCACCUGUUCUGCGAGGAGAGCCGCCGUCUGAACGACUGGGUUCCUGAGAUCAGCCUUCCUGAGCGCUGAUCCGGGACUCGGCUCCUCUCUUGCUCAGAUGCUGUGAAGCUUCUUAUCUGGAAAUACUCAUCCUGAUGAACAGGAUGACCCUGUUUCUGCUCAUCCCUGGAUACUCCUGAGGAGGAUUCCCGUCCAGGCAGCACGGCGCCGGCCCGAGGGGGCCCCCCGUGAACGGUCGCCUCUUGUCCCGUCCAUGCCAAGAUGACUCUCAUUCUUUAUGUGAAUGAGGUCAGGUAUGCCACAAGAGCGACUCAUCGACCCUCAUUCUUUGUGCGGAUGAGGUUUGGAGAGAAAGGAGAAGCGAAUUCUGCGUCCUGUGGUUCCACAGAGCAAAUGUCGCACCCUGAAGCACGCGCAGCAGGAGAAGAAGCGGUGCUGAGAAAGAGGCGUCCUUAGAAAGGGACUUUUUAAAGAUGUCCUCUUUGCUGAGCAACAUGACAACAGUUGCAAUCAGCGGAAAUGUUUCCCACUUUCCAGAAUUGUCUUAAUUCUCUAAAGGUUUCACUUUAGAAAUUUAAUGAUGACAAAAAUAUUCUAAAAGAUGAAAAAAAAAGCAUGAAAAAAAUGUCUUUUCUCUAAAGGUUUCACUUUAGGAAAUGGCUAAAUUAAGUUAAUGCUAAAAGAAUGAUUUGUAAGAUUAUCUUCUGAACAUGAACGUUAAAAAAUUAUGUUUAAAAUAAUGGAAAUAUUUGACUUAAGAUGUUGUGAUCCUGUUGGAGCAAUGUUGGAAACAAUAUAAUUUAUAUCAUAAAAGUUUCACAUGAGAAAUUGUAAGUGGAAAAUGCUUAAUAAAAGACAG